AUGCGACGCGCGCUCGCGUCGACGUCCACGCGCGCGCUCCUCGCGGGCGCGGGCGCGGCCGUGGCGUGCGCGCGCGCGCUCGAUCGCGACGACGGCGCGCGAACGUCGACGAGCGACGCGACGCGGGACUGGGGCGGCGCGUCGACGCUGGCACAUCUUUCGGAGGAUUACUAUGCGCGCGCGCGACGGUUCGGCGUCGCGUCGGCGCACUUUGCGCCGAUGUACGUCGUGGAUUAUCGCGCGCACCGCGCGAGAGUGCGCGCGAUGGGAGCGAACGCGACGGAGGACGACGUGCGAGCGUCGAGACAAAUCUUGUGGACACGGGUGGCGGAGCGAUUUCGGGACUGCGCGCGGUCUUUAGGGGGUAUCUACGUCAAGGCGGGACAGCACGUGUGCGCGCAACCGAUCGCGCCGAGACCGUUUCAGAUUGUUUUGAGGGAGCUGAUGGAUGACGCGAGUCGCAGGCCGUUCGAGGAGGAUAGGAGGACGUUCAAGGAGGAGACCGGAAUGGACAUUGAGGAGGCGUUUGCAGAGUUUGACGAGACGCCGUUCGCGAGCGCGAGCAUGGCGCAGGUGUACCGGGCGAAGACGCUCGCGGGGGAGGAUGUGGCGGUGAAGAUUCAGCAGCGACCGGUGGCGAAGUUUCUUCGGAGUGAUUUGGCGACGAUCGAGGGGUAUUACUCGCUCAUGGAGCGACUCGUCCCCGGGUUGCGAUUUAGAUGGUUAGCGGACGAGACGCGAAGGCACAUGAACGAGGAGAUGGAUUUCACCGCCGAGGCCGCGAACGCGCUCAAGGCGCAGAAGAUGCUCGCGAAUGAGUUCGAUGAGAGUGAGCUCAAGAUUCCGCGCGUGCACGGUCAAUUGAGCGGUAAGCGCGUGUUGACAAUGGAGUGGUGCGACGGUUCACGCAUCGACGAUCGAGAGGCGCUCGAACGCAUGGGCAUCGACGUUCCCGCCGUCGCGGCGAGAAUUCAGAAGAUAUUCGCAAGGAUGACAUUCGUGCACGGCUUUGUGCACGCAGAUCCGCAUCCGGGGAACAUCUUAGUGGACUCGAGCGGAAAAAUCAUCCUCCUGGACCACGGCGUUUACCGAAGUCUGGACGACGACUUACGCGCAAAGUGGGCGCGACUUUGGCUCGCACUCAUGCGAUCCGACGACAAAGCUUUACGAGACGCGACGUCUGAUUUAGGCAUGGAUCCUGAGAUGUCACAAUUCUUUAAGCUCAUCCUCGUCGUGAUCCCAGCACGGGUCGCCGAGGAACCGCUCGCAAAACGCGCGUUGUCCGCUGACUCGCUCACCAUUGCCGAGAAGCGGGCGGUGAUGAAGCAAAUCAUGGGCGUGAAGUUGGAGGACCAGACACGACUGUUCGAGACGUUACCUCGUGAUCUCCUGCUCGUGCUCAAGGCGAAUAAUCUGUUGAGAUACGUCAAUGAGCAACUCGGAAGUCCUGUGAAUCGUUACUCGGUCAUUUGGAAGGCAGCAAACGAGGGGUUGGCGAACGCACAAGCCAAGCGCGCUCUCUCGACGAGCGGUGAGAUCCCCAAACCAGGGCUUCUCGCGCGCGCUCGCGCCCGACUGAGCGACGCGGUCGCCAUAUCGGUCCUCCCCCUCCAGCUAUUCUUUUUGAAAGGACAACUCGCGUUCACCAUUUGGAAAGUCGGUAAAGCCGGUUUAGGAGCCAAGGCGGCGCCGGUUCUCGUGCACGGGUCGCAAGCCAAGGCAUCAAAUGCAGCAAAAACUUAA